UGGGGGUAGUUUUCGCGCGACAAAAGCUGAAAAAUGAGUGCGGAAAGGUGGUUUUGCAAAGCUUGAACAAAAUUCAGCACCAUAUUUUCCUCGGAUGGGGAAAAAGGAGCGGAAAAGCGACCAGAUUGGGGUGGAAUCGCGAGCGAGAGGAAGUAUAAACGAUAAGGAAAACUGGCAGCAAAACGAGGCAGAAGAAGAAACUCCAAAAGGAAUUGCAAUCGCACUGCAAAAGGAAAAGUUCUGAACGACGAGAGCAGCGAUAUCGGGGAGGGCGAAAUCAGAUAUUUUACUUCGAUUUUUCCAUCAUCGUUAAUGUGGAGCUUCUCCUUUUUCACGAGUGUUUCCGCGGCGGGGGUUGGGUGCGGCCGGGGAAAGUCAAAGUUUUACCAGCCCUCGUUAAGCUACUGCCACCUCCAGCAGCAGCAGCAGUGCCACAAGCAGAAGAAAGCCAACGCAUAGAGGAAAAUUCCAAAAGAAAAAUCAAGGAAAAAAGGAUUAACAAUAAUGCGGUGGCCAAAAUUAGGUUUAUGAGCAAAGUUUCGAGUGGAAAGUACUGCGUGCGGAAAAGCUAAAGAAAAUUGAAAAAUAUGAUGCUACAUUUGCAGAAAAGUGAUAUUUUCCAUGCUGCUGCUCCUUCUGCAAUGGUUGUGUGAGGUCAAACACAUCGAAAAGAAGUUUGUGUUGUGAAAAUCGUGAAAAGUGGCACAAUUUAGCCACCCGCAAAAAAAAAUAAGGAAAAACAACAUCAUGCAUCGAAUUGAAACAGUGCUAUAAAAUGGUGUGAAAAUUAAACGAAAAAUUCAAACCUGCACAAAAGUGGCUUAAGAAUCUCGCGAUGGCCCCACUUGGGUCUAAAUCACCCCCAAGAAGCGAUCGUCAAACGUAACAUCCGUCUAGCAAAAUCUGCGGCCGCAAGCCAUCCGUCGUGUCCAAGAUUGUCGCGCUACGGCCAGGAACCACCGGGUAGAGAGAGCGAGAGGAGAUUCGGCACAGAUACCCGCCAGGGCUCUUCUGAUGGGCACGCUUACGUCCUCGUCCUCCCCCGCGACGGUCACCACCACCAUCACCAACUUCCACCAUCCUGUUCCGAAGACGGCGAAAAUCUGCAGCACCAGCGGCAGUCAUGAAGAAGAAACGUCUGAGAUCCGAACGACAGCGCCGGUGGCAGCCCCAACGACGACGGCGGCGGCGGCGCCAACAGCAACGGCGACAUCAACGCUGGAACGAAACAGCCGUACUGACGCCACCGGUCGGUCCGCAGCCCUGGAGCAUGCCUACGUGCACGACGUGUACGAACACUGCGAGGAUCCAGUCGGACAGGUCCGGCCAAAGGUAGCCCAGUUUCUGGCGGCCCUCGAUCCGGGCUCGGUCGUGUGUGACGUCGGCUGCGGCAGUGGCCGGUACCUGUCCGGGUUCAACCCGAUGAUCUGCACCAUCGGUGUGGACCGGUGCUUUCGGUUGGCCAAGGUAGCCCGCGAAAAGGGGGCCGAGGUGGCGAUAUGUGAUAAUCUGGAACUGCCAUUCCGGGACGAAUCGUUCGACGCGGUUCUGUCCCUGGCCGUGGUGCACCACUUUGCGACGACCGAACGGCGGGUCGGGGCCAUCCGGGAGUUGGCCCGGAUUCUGCGGAUCGGUGGCCGGGUCAUCAUCACCGUGUGGGCCAUGGAGCAGCGACACCGGCGGUUCGAGUCCCAGGACGUGCUGAUUCCGUGGCAACCGCCGAGAUCGAAGAAUGCGGCCGCCUCGGACGAGGACGACGACGAUGACUUCCUGCCGCCGUACCACGCCUACACCGAGGAUUCGACCAACUCGAGCCGGUCGGCGGGCGACGGGGACAGCUCCAGUCUGUCGUCGUCGUCCCCCGGCGAAACCUGCUACAGCUUCGUGCGACGAGCCAUACAGAAAUUGGCCGGCAGCAAAAAGAGCCCCUGGUUCCUGGAAUCGUGGAGUUCGCGCGAAACCAAACACGACAGUAGUCUCGACUACGAGGAUGCCAAGGAUCUGCCAAUCGAGCUGAGACGUCUGGAAGACUUCGACGACCUGCCGGAGCCGCCGCUGUCUGCCGGGUUGAAAAGCCGGAGCUUAGGUAGUAUAUUAAAUCCACCACCAAAAACCAUAGUUAGAUCACGUUCAAGUGUACCAAGUUUAGGUGCUCAAAUACCUGAAUCGAAAGCCACACCCGCUGAGCCAUCAGCCUCCCGAAGACCAAAACUAGUUAAACAGAAACAAUCAUUAUGUGAAGACGUAGAUUACAAGCUGUGCGAAUCGGCACAAGCCUACCGGGAGCACAUAACCCGUAACGAAUCUCGGAUUCAGCUUCUCCGGAAGCAAAGCUCCCUGAACGAGGAGUUGAUGGCCGAAAGCCGAUUGCGCGAGAAAGACCGAAUCCGGAAGCGAAUACAAAAGCAGAUGUCCUUGAACGAAUCGUUCCUCUGUCGGUCACUGUUCACCAAGCGGUUAGCGGUGAUCAAGGAGGGCUUCACGACGAAGCUUAAGACAUCCACCGGAAGUUUGGAGCGGGUCACGAAGAACGGGUUCGUGAAGAUUAUGCAAAAUAUCAAAGCGACCGCUCAAGCCCAUCACAGUCACAAUUACGCGCAAAACCGGUCUUACGAUUCGUACCCACCCGGCUAUGCACCCUACGGGCCGGAUGGCCGUCCCGGAAGCCAUCAUCUGUCCCGGAACAACUCCAUGAACAAUGGCAGCAACGGCAGCGACAAGCUCAACGGAAUGGGCACCAGCCAGGACGACUCGAAACCUCGGCGCCACUCGCGGGAGAGCGGUUCCGAAAGUUUUCGUUCCACUUUCAUUAAACGACAACGUUUCGCGGACUCUUCCAAGGACAGCAGCUUGCAGAGCGAUACCAGCAUCGAGUCCGAGGACAGCUUUGCUUCGGUGAUCUUCAUUCCAAAGCCGGAACAGCAGCAACAGACACCGAUGCUGAGCAAUAAUGGCGGCGGGGACGGGUUUGGUGCGGGCCCCUGUCGGAUGCCGUCGGGGCCAACGUCACCGAUGGUGAUGCCGUGUCCAACGCCAGCACACUCGCCGGCUCCUCCACGCACAAAACCUGGCUCCACCAGCGAGACCAACGGGUGCAGUAGCAGCGGCAACGGACUCGACGGUGCCGCCAGCCAAUUCACCUUCGAAGAUACUUCGGUUCUGCCCAAACUGGACGAAGUUUCACCCACUUCAUCGUCAUUUGUAAAUAGUGCACCUAGUUCUAGUAUUAAAAAUCUUAAGUCCCCGCCUUCAAACGCUUCGGCUUGUUCGAGUUUUACAACCGCUUCCAGCAGCAAAACCAGUAGCGCCAUCCCCGCGACGAUAGCGGCGACGACGACGGCCAGGUCUUCACCACCAGUGCAGAAGAUUACGCGGCAGCAGAUCAAGGAUUUGCCACCGAUUCCCAAGUUCCGCAAGAGUGGCAACUAUCCGAUCCUGCGCCGACAGUCCUCCACAAGCAGCGCAGCAACGGCUCCUGUAGUGCCAAAAUUGUUAUCUCUAGAACUGUUCAACCCGGAGACGGACGACCUGGACAGCGAUUCCAGCGAACCUUCCUCGCCGGACUCGAUCGACAGCGUGAUCAGUGCGUUACGUCCAUCGGUGUCACCACAACCAGCAGUGACAGCUGCGAACGCCGCACCCCAACCCACGACUCAACCCUCAACGAUUCCUCCGCUAGUCGAAGCAGCGGCGGUCGUUGCCCACAAGUUGGAAGACGCCGUCGGGCUGGUCUUACGGGAAAGUGAAUCCAAAUCAACCAAACUGCCCAACGGAGUGCCACCCGGCGCCAGCAGUACCAACGAUACCGACCUGGACGACAUCUCCUGCCGGCAGCACUUGGUUGACUUUGCCGAGAAACUAAGCGCCCAACUACUCAAAGAACUGGACAGCGAGAAACAACGCUGCGAAAGCAGUUUCGACGAAGACGACGACGUGUUCAGCGAGGGUAAACUCAAGCAAAAGACUCUGACCCUUUCCGACGCUCAUCCGAUCACGGAUCCGUACCUCAAGAAGCUCAACGGCGACCUCAGAGAUCUGAACCAACUGCGAGCGGAACUGCGCGAGAGACGACUCAUGCUUGCCAAUCUGAGCCACAUCGGAUGCAGCAGCGGGUUGGGUGGCAGCAACGACUCGCUUGGCCCCAUCAGCUACGGAUCUUCGAUGACGCCGAUCAUCCAAGAGGAAGGUUCCGACGAUGACGAGGACGAAGACGAACAACAACAACUGCACGAGUCCUGCGAAAUGGAACACGAAGACUUUGACGGCUUCUACGGCCUGCGCGGAAACAUGAAGAAUCUCAGCAAAAACGACGAGUUCGUCAUCAUCCCCGAGCUGGACGAGGAAGACACCGAGAUGGCGAGUGACACAGCUUUACUGAUACAGGAAGAGGAUAGCUCAGAGGAGCAUCCUCAAAACACGGACGUAGAUCUUCUAGGCAACAGUAACAAUAAUAGUGCGAAUGAUAGCCAUCAAACUAGCAGUAGUAGACCUAGCUUACCCCCCAAAACGAUACAUUUGAGCUCCUCUCAGCUUCCGGGCGCCAGCCCCGGAAAUCACUCACAGCAUCAAAGCAAAUCCACGACUCAACCUCCUCAGCUCCAACCGGCAACAGCAGUGCCAGUCCUAACCACGCUCUCAGCUGAACCCAGCAACAGCAAGCAAAAGAUGGUGGGCACGGCCGCGGCGAACAAAUCGUCAAUCGAAUCUCACGCCAGCGUCGAAUCGUGGGCCCACUCGAACAGUUCGGCCUCGCUGGACAGCCCGUCGGCGGGCGGGGCGGCCACCCACCACCGGUACUACCACGUGUUCCGCGAGGGCGAGCUGGACGCGCUGAUCAAUCACCACGUGACCAGCCUGCACAUCGUGUCUUCGUACUACGAGCGGGCCUCGUGGUGUGUCGUCGCCGAGAAGGUGCAGGUGUGGACGAUCUAAGAUAGGGUGGGGCUUGGUUUGUCCUGUUUUUUUUUGGCUGAACAUUUGAUCACCUAUAAUUUACAAUAAAAUUUGAGUGGUAAAUGCGCUCAAUAAUCAUCAACCUCCAUAUUGGCCACCAUCUUUGAAAACACAUUCCCAGAUCACUUUGAAGCAUUCUUACAAUCACAUUUGGAGCCUAACAUUUCAAAAGGACACAUAACCUUUCACUUUUUAUUAUUAGAAUUGUGUUUUUAUUAGAAUUUAACAGUUCUGCUCCAGGAU